UGUACCAGUGAGUUUGCUGCAUCUACUAACGGCAGAGAAGGCGGCUGGCGUGGCGCUGGAUAUAAUCCAAAUUUUGAGAACGCUGACGAGUAUCCUCCACGGCCGGAACAUGUAGAAGCACCUUCUGCAAAAGAGAUUGAUUUGAAUGCUUUGGCUAACAAGAAUAACAGAGAACAGUACACUGUCGAAGACAAGCGUAAUAUUUACGCUAUGCUGCUUGCUCGAAAUGGAGAGCGUGGAAGGUUAAAGAAUGGGGUUUUGGAUUCUGUUGUACGUGAUGGAAAUUGUUCUCGGAGGUGUGUGAGUAGGAUUUGGAAAGAAACGAAGACAGGAGGUGGCGUUAACUCUAUCAAGAACAAUUUGAAGUUAAAAACGGGAAGGAAAAAAAUGAGUUUGGAUAUUGAGGCAUUAUAAGCCAUUCCACCUGGUGAGAGGACCACAAUUCGACAAGUUGCUGCUGGACUUAACAUGUCCAAAAGCACAAUUCACCGUAGGUUGAAGGAGAAGGUAAUGAAACGAGUUUCAAAUGAACUGAAAUCUUCAUUACCUGAAGCCAACAAGAAGGCACGUGUGGCGUAUUGCCUUGAGAAUUUGGAGCCAAGUUCAUUGGAGGACAAUCCCACUUUUAAAGCUAGUUUUAACAAGGUUCAUUUGGAUGAGAAGAUCUUCUACCGCACAAGGAAGACACAGAAAAUGUACUUGAGUCAUAGAGAGGAAGCACCAAAAAGAGAAUGCAAACAUAAAAACCACAUCCAGCAGAUCAUGUUCUUGUUGGCUAUGGCAAGGCCAAGGUAUGAUUCUCAAGGAAAUUGUGUGUUUGAUGGAAAAAUAGGUGUGUGGGCAUUUGUUGAUUGGGUGCAAGCUCAAAAGAAGAGUGCUAACAGAGGGAGAGGAGAAUGGGAGCUCAAGCCUUCAUCUUCGGUGGACAGGAACAAAAGUAGGGAGUACAUUGUGCAGUAUGUACUGCCUGCUAUAAAGGAAAAAUGGCCUGGGAGUGAUAGAUGGAACACCGUGUACAUUCAGCAAGACAAUGCAAGAACUCAUGUUUUAGCAAAUGAUCCCAUUUUUGCAAUGGAAGCGGCAAAGGGAGGUUGGGAUAUCAGAAUUGUAAAUCAACCACCAAAUUCACCUGACUGUAACAUACUUGAUCAAGCUUGUAUGAGGGAAAUUAUUAAGCACAAGGGGUCGAUGCACUAUGAUACACCUCACAUGAAGAAAAAAACAUUAGAGAGGCUAGGUCUACUGUCAGUCCGUCUGACGGUUGAUAAAGAUUAUGUUGACGCUGCCAUUGAGUAUUUGAACUCACCUUAGGAGGAAUGAGUGUUUUAGUUUAUCACUGGAACAAUUGUACUUUGUUGUUUAAUCGCAGCAACAAA